CGGCGGCGCCCGUGCGUGGGCCCGGCGGGAUGGCCGGCUGGGCGCCCCCGCAGCUGGAGGACUUCAUCCUGACCGAGCGCCUGGGCAGCGGCACCUACGCCACGGUCUUCAAGGCCUACAGGAAGAAGAACGCCCGGGAGGUCGUGGCCAUCAAGUGCGUGAGCAAGAAGAACCUGAACAAGGCGUCUGUGGAGAACCUGCUGACGGAGAUUGAAAUCCUCAAGACUGUCCGGCAUCCGCACAUUGUGGAGCUGAAAGACUUCCAGUGGGAUAAGGAGUACAUCUACCUGAUCAUGGAAUUCUGUGCCGGGGGCGACCUGUCCCGCUUCAUCCACGCGCGACGCAUUCUUCCGGAGAAGGUUGCGCGCAUCUUCCUCCAGCAGCUGGCUUGUGCCUUGAAGUUCCUUCAUGACAAGAAUAUCUCCCACUUGGACCUGAAGCCCCAGAAUAUCCUGCUAAGCUCCUUAGAUAAACCUCACCUCAAACUGGCAGAUUUCGGCUUCGCCCAGCACAUGUCUCCGCGGGAUGAAAAGCACGUGCUGAGGGGGUCCCCGCUUUACAUGGCCCCGGAGAUGGUGUGCAGCCGGCAGUACGAUGCCCGGGUUGACCUGUGGUCCGUGGGGGUGAUCCUCUACGAGACCCUCUUUGGACAGCCACCGUUUGCCUCUAAGUCCUUCUUGGAGCUGGAGGAGAAGAUCCGCAGUAAUCAGCCCAUCGAGCUCCCCAGUCGCCCCCGGCUCUCCCUGGAAUGUCGGGACCUCCUGCAGGGCCUCCUGAAGAGGGAUCCCAAGCAGCGCCUCUCCUUCCAGGCCUUCUUCACGCACCCGUUUGUGGACAUGGAGCACAUGCCCAGCGCAAGGAGCCUGGACAAAGCCACCUCUCUCGUCUCGGAAGCUGUGAAGAAGGACCAAGAGGGGGAGGCCGCAGCCGCCCUCUCCCUCUAUUCCAGUGCCCUGGAGUACUUCGUCCCUGCUCUGCAGUAUGAAACCGAGGCUCACAGGAAGGAAGCGCUCCGGUCCAAGGUGAACGAAUACGUCUCGCGGGCCGAACAGCUCAAGGCGCUGGUGGCCUCCAGCAACAGAGCUCUCUUGGAGCAGGGCUGUCCUGCCAGAGAGAUCCUGAAAGAGAUGUCCAAGGACAAGCCUCGCCUUCACGCCGCCCUGGAAGUCGCGUCCAUCGCUGUCGCUAAGGAGGAGGAGGGCAGGGACGACCACGAAGCCCUGGCGCUCUACCAGCAGAGCCUGGGCGAACUGUUGCUGAUGCUGGCCGCUGAGCCUGCGGGGAGGAGACGGGAGCUGCUGCAUGCGGAGAUCCAGACGCUGAUGGGCCGAGCUGAAUACCUGAAGGAGCAGAUCAAGAUAAAGGAGUCGCAGUGGGAAGCCAGAGAGGGAAUGUCGGAGUCUGUGAAAAGCUCAUGUACCUUGCAGUGAAGCGUCUGCCUGGUGGAUCCAGAACCGCAGACCAGGGAGCACCGGACAAUCCUUCAAACCGAGACGCAGUUCGUGCAUCCGGCAUGGAAUUGUGUUUGGGCUACACACACACACAGACAGACACACACUUGGAGCAAACCUGGUGAAGCGUGAGGUUGUACAAAGUGUUGUUGCUUGUAUAGUGUAAUUUAUUUAUCCACGGUGUGUUGUAAAGAUUCAAUUUUCUUGGGCGAUGCUGAGCAACCGCAGAGGAUUUGAGAAGCAUCCGAUAGGCAGGAUUAAAGCUCAGGGUGGUACAGAC